AGCGGUCACACGCAAAUGGAAAAAUCGUGAAAAUUCUACUCUACGGAAAACUGAAAAUCUCAUAAAACAUCUACAAGCUAGCAAAUAAUUUGUAAAAAUGUCACUUUUCGGAGCGUUGAUGGGUGGUGACUUUGACGACGAUCUCGGCCUGAUGAACAACCACAUGAAUCACACCAUGAACGCCAUGAACAUGCAGAUGCGUUCGAUGAACCGUCUGAUGAGCUCCUUCAUGCCGGACCCCUUUAUGCAGGCUUCGCCCUUCGAUCCGGGCUUCCAGCAGAGCGCCCUGAUGGAACGCCCCCAAAUGCCGGCCAUGCCAGCCAUGGGACUCUUCGGCAUGCCGAUGAUGCCCAACUUUAAUCGCUUGCUGAAUGCUGAUAUUGGCGCCAAUCCGGGAGCCUCGUACUGCCAGAGCACCGUAAUGACCAUGUCCUCGGGCCCUGAUGGCCGCCCGCAAAUCUACCAGGCCAGCACCAGCACCAAGACAGGACCAGGCGGUGUGCGUGAGACCCGCAAGACGGUUCAGGACUCUCGCACGGGCGUCAAGAAGAUGGCCAUUGGACACCACAUUGGCGAGCGUGCGCACAUUAUUGAGAAGGAGCAGGACAUGCGCUCGGGCCAGCUUGAGGAGCGCCAGGAAUUUAUCAAUCUGGAGGAGGAGGAGGCCGAGCAGUUUGAUCGCGAAUUCACAUCUCGUGCCACGCGCGGAAUUGUGCAGCCGCGCCAUCGUGGCAGCAGCGGAAUGCAGGCCAUUAUGCCCGCCCGUCCGGCGGCCCAAACCUCCACACUGACCAUUGAGCCGGUUGAGGAUGACGACGAAGACGAUGAUUGUGUGAUCCAGGAGCAGCAGCCGCUGCCAAUGCGCUCUGUCGCCGGCCGACACUUGCCCUCAGCACCAGCGGGUCCACACAACAGCAGCAGCAGCGAACCAGCACCAACAGUAGCAGCAGCAACAUCUUCGCCAGCAAUCUACGAUCUAACCAACGGCCACAACAACAACAAUAACAACAACUAUGUGAGCUCACGUCGCUCGUAUCUGCGAAAUGGUCAUGGCCAGCAUGGCCUGGCCACGCCCCGCCGACCACUGCGCACCCCACCGUCCUCGCCGCUGGCCACGGUGUCCAGCGGCAGUCACAGUUUCGUCGCCUCGCCAAGCAUACACCCACAUCCCUAUGCCCCACAUGGCUCUGCCCAUUCACGGCGCCAGCAACGCGGCAUGAAGCACCAGCAACACAAGUAUACAGAGGAGGAUCCAGAGGUGGCCACCGUUAAAGCAACCAAGCGUACCAAGAAGCACUAGUGGCGGCGUCCACAAACAUACACACUUAAACACUUUGGGAAGCAAGCAUUGGUCCAGUUCCAGAUGGAUCCUUAUUUUAUGGCAUAAAAGCGCAAAAAAUUUUGACUAUUUUCCGCGAGUUGAUCCAGCGUGGGCAUUUGAUAAAUUCGUUACCUUGAUGACCACGCAGGAUGCAGGAUAACACACAUACACACACAAACUACACAAUAUACAAAACGAAUGUGACUGUUCAACACCAACCAAGACACUUUCCAAAACAACUGUUUGCACCUCCUCGCCAAAUCAAAAUUGAAUCGAUAAUGAAAAUGAAAUGGGCAGCGAAAUGAGACCCUAAUAAUAAGUUCAAAUUAAUAUUGGUUAA